AUGCCGCGGCGGUGCGGGAACUGGCGUCGCUGGCUCCGGCCCCUCGUCGUGUGUGUGUACGCGCUGCUGGUGGCCGUGGCUUUACCGCUGGGUGUGUGGCAGCUCCAGAAAGCCGAGGCUGGUACACACACUAAGGCGUGGUUCAUCGCGGGUGUGUUUGUAUUUCUCACAAUUCCCAUCUCACUGUGGGGCAUUCUUCAACACUUGGUGCACUACACUCAACCAGAGCUACAAAAACCUAUCAUCAGAAUAUUAUGGAUGGUGCCAAUUUACAGUUUAGACAGUUGGAUUGCACUAAAAUAUCCCAGUAUAGCCAUAUAUGUGGACACUUGUCGAGAGUGCUAUGAAGCAUAUGUCAUUUAUAACUUCCUAAUGUUCCUGCUGAACUUCCUGGAGACACAGUACCCAAAUCUAGCGCUUAUUUUAGAGGCUCAGGAACAGCGCUCCCUCCUUCCCCCUUUCUGCUGCUGUCCACCAUGGGCCAUGGGAGAGGUUCUUCUAUUCAGAUGUAAACUGGGAGUUCUACAGUACACGGCUGUCAGACCUGUUACCACAGUUAUAGCACUUGUGUGUCAGUUGUGUGGAGUCUAUGAUGAGGGAAACUUCAGCUUCAGGAAUGCCUGGACUUACCUCGUCAUUGUAAACAAUGCCUCCCAGCUGUUUGCCAUGUACUGUCUGCUUCUAUUUUACCGCACGCUGAGAGAAGAGCUGGGUCCGCUAAAACCUGUGGGAAAAUUUCUCUGUGUAAAAAUGGUGGUGUUCGCCUCAUUCUGGCAGGCUGUGCUUAUUGCCCUUCUGGUGAAGGUUGAAGUGAUCUCUCAGAAACACACGUGGGAAUGGCAGAGUGUGGAGGCUGUAGCUACAGGGCUUCAGGACUUUAUUAUCUGCAUAGAGAUGUUCAUAGCUGCAAUCGCGCAUCACUUCAGUUUCACUUACCGGCCUUAUGUGUGUGAGGAUGAAGAAGGCUCCUGCUUCGACUCCUUUCUCGCCAUGCUGGAUUUUUCUGAUAUACAAGCUGACAUCUCUGAGCAAGUCCGUAACGCUGGACGCACAGUGCUGGGACAUCCCCGAAAGCUGUUCUUUGGCUCUGAAGUGGAUAUUGUGCAAGGUGAGCACACUGGCCUCCUGUCUGGGACUUCUCAUGAGCGACUGGGUGUCGACCCACUUUCUGUCCCAGCCUCCCCCAAGGGACAGUACCAGGGACUGGGCCAAACAGACACGCCCCGCUCCCGCUCUGCCCCUGCUGGCUUUACUCCUUCCUCCUGGAAGAGCGAUUGUUGUGAAGUGUCCGGACCUCACAGUGAAAACCCAGGAAUGAAGUCAUAGUGUAUAAAUCUCAGACACUAAUACACCCACACAUACUGAACCGAUGCUAAGUAUGCAACACACCUACUUACAAAUCUUACUCUUGAUCAUGUUUGGAGUAAUAUAAGGUGCUCACAUGAUGAAAUAGAAAUAUACAGCACAGGGUCAAAAAUAUCUCAAUAGCAGACUGUGUCCUCCAGCAGGAUACUGACCUGAAAUAUAAUUUAAAACCCCAAGAAUGGACAUUGACCUAUUUAUGUCCCAAUCUGAAAAUCUGGAAGGACCUGAAAUUCACAGUUGUGAAAGUUGCCCAUCAAACCAUAGAGGCUUUUGUUUGCAGUCAUUACCUUUGGAGGGUGCUACAAAAUAUUAAGGGAACUGAUUUACUUAUUAUUUUUUAUUUAUUUCCAUUAAUGUUUUAAAGAAUGUAAAGUACAAGUAAUCAAAUACUCUGGUCAGUUUUAACUUAUGUCACAACUCUGUGUUGUUUUGACAAUAGUAGAGGGGUACCAAUAAUUUUGGCUAGAUGUUUUGUUGUGUUGUGAUGUUCUUUAAGACAAUCUGUUGGAUGGUUGAUGCCCAGGAAGAAUGUUGUAUAUUUAAACAACCUGACCUCUUAUAUAAGAGGAGUAUUGGUCUCCAAAAAAUGUUAUAAGAUUUAUUUGUGUAAAAAACUUCAGUCAGUUCAUGGAAGAGUUAUAUUUAAAUUUGUGGUACUUGUGAAACUAAAUUAAUAAUUGCAAGCAACCAUUUCUUUUCCAACAUUCAAAUUUAUUUUGUGAUAGUAACAGGUCAGUACCUUAAAAAAGUAUUUAAGUACCUAAAGUGCAAGUGUUAACUUUUGCCAUAUGAAUUUAAAACCCAUGCCAAAUAUGACCUGACUGACUGGCAUUUUUAAAGUCCGUAAAGUUACAUACUGCAGCUUUUUAAACGGUUAAAGGUCAGAUGUUGCAAGAUUAUUGUUAAAAUUAUGUUGUGAUUUCUAUGUUAGCAGGUUUUGUCUUCAGGUAUCAUCUGGGUUUUAUAUAUUAUACCGUAGUUUGCUUUGUCGAAGUUUAUGUAUUUAAAUAGCAUAUUUUAAUGCAGGCUCUGCUGACACUUUAAUAACAGAAUUGCAGUUUUAUUCAAAAGCAAAGCUUUGAUAUAAAUGAAUCAUAAAAUGUCAUCAUUGUAAUGGGUGUGUGACUGAAUUUAACUGACUGAAUGGAGAAAGCCCAUAAAGCAUCUAUUGUCUCCCACAUACAGCUUACACUUCCUUCAAAAACCCUGUAUUUUCAUCCUUUUUCAUCUUUUCCAUCUUUUAUUGAUUAG